AUGUCGACCAGGAAAGUUCGGUACAAGAAACUGAGCGUCAAAACGACGCUAGCGGUGCUCAGAGAGCAUCAGAUCGACCCUUCAGAGUAUGAACAACUCAGCACUGAAGCUCAGAUCGCGACCGGUGUCGAGCAGGCAGAAGAAAAUGAAUACCAUCUUCAGACAGUCCUGAAGACUACGGGGUUGGCCGCGGACAAAGAGAUCCCCGUGCCACCCCCUCAAAAGAGCGAGCUCAAUUAUGACGAGCUCUACUUCCGGACAUACAGCAAGCCAGCGUCGUAUAUACGCUUUUCUCAAACAGUAGAAGAGAGCGUUGGGUGUAUGUAUGACAUGAACGAGGAUGAUGAAGCCUUUCUCAAGGAGUACAACAAGAAGCGGCCGCCCUCGGCCCAGCUCUCGGAGGAUGACUUCGAGAGGAUCAUGGAGGUCUACGAGGAGACCGCCCAGAUCAAAACUCCCUUUGCCGCCAUAGAUCAGACCAUAGUCCCUUACGACGACAUGCUUCAGGGCUUGCAAGAAAUUGAAAACUGCAAGACCAAGAUCAUGCCGCACGCUAAGGAGGUCUAUGAAUACUGGAAGAGCCGCCGGCAAGCCAGCGGCAACAAACCGCUGCAACCCACCAUCAAGUUCGAGACGCAUCAAGAAACCGAUGACAUGGAUCCGUACGUCUGCUUCCGGCGUCGCGAAGUCCGCCAAACACGGAAGACGCGCGCUCGGGAUGUCCAGAGUGCCGACAAGCUCAAGCGGUUGCGCAAAGAACUUGAGGAGGGUCGUCAGCUGGUCCUUGCGUCUCAUCAACGCGAGCUGCUUAAGUAUGAGCUGCUCAAGGCAGAUCGCGACAUAUAUGAGACUAGGUUGCAGCUCAAGCAGCAAAAGAUCAGGCUCGGGAUCAAGACAGACGACGAGGACCUUGUCAACCAAAAGGAGAGACCUGCACCUCCGAAAAGGAAGGCCUCAGAGGUCCCUGCCGUGCAGCGGCCACCGCCGCCGACGCAGCUUCGUAUUACCGUCCGGUCGUCAGACGGCCGCCCUCCUGAGCAAGAUCUUGCUCUGUUGUCUGAUCGGUUGGCCGAGAAGGAGAACGAACUCCGCGCCGACAUCGAGAAGAAGGUGCAGAGCCAUAGUGAAUGGAACCGUCACCAUGUUGACCUCACACGCGGGCCGUUAUCACCCGUGCGUGGUCCUCAGCCUGAAGUCAGCUUCAGGCCAGCUAAGACCCAGUACCUCAUGACACCUCCGGCCUCAACCUCAUCCGAGGAGGAGCCGAUGAAGAUGGAUCUAGACAAGCCGGAGUUCCCGCCACAUGUCUUCCAGUUCAGGGGCGUCAGCCAGCCUGAACAGAUGGCAGAACACCGGCCAGCAUACCCGGCAUAUCGCCGUCGCAUUGGUCGGCUCAACCGGUUAUGGAUUGACCGUCGUGGACUCGCUAGUCCCCCUCACGACAUCAACCCCGAGGUGGCCGAUCGGUGGAAGUAUGAUCAGUCGUCUGAUGACGAAGAUGAGCCGCCUCAGUAUGAGGUAGACCCCUUCGACACACGCGCAUUGAAGUUCCGCGCGUCUAUCCCGCUCCCGUCGUGGUUAACGGCCCGCGUAGCGCUGGGCCCACGCCCGUCGCUGCUCCCUCCCGGACACCCUCAACAUCAACAAUUAGCGCAAGCACAAGCACAAGCCCAGCACCAUGGGCAACACGGGCAGCAGCCGCACCCACAGCAACAACAACAACAGCAACAGCAGCAGAAACAGCCGCCGCACCCGCAACAACCACCAGCACCGAUGCAAUCACCACAACCACCCCAGCAGCAGCGACCCCAGCCAACUGCCGCAGCAGCUUAA